AUGCGCGUGCUCUAUAACAUUGUCGCUGGUCUCCGAGCCGUUUCUGCUCUUCGGCAAUUCGAGCAAGAGCCACUACACCAAGUCUACGAUGGAAUCAAGGAUGUGGCUCGUCAGCAGGUUUCAGAUGGCACAUUUCGGGUCACUGAUCCCGCAGAGCUAGGAGUGGAUUCCGUCAAGCAACAUUCAGGCUACUUUGAUUUCGAACAGAAUAACAAACACCUGUUUUUCUGGUUCUUUGAGUCGCGAAACGACCCCAAAACGGACCCUGUAGUCCUGUGGAUCAACGGAGGACCCGGUUGUUCUUCCAUAAAGGGCAUGUUCUUUGAGAUGGGCUCAGCAAAGGUCGAACCCGAGCUCAAACUUGUGGACAAUCCCUACGCAUGGAAUUCAAACGCCUCCGUCAUCUACCUCGAUCAGCCGGUGAAUACUGGCUACUCAUACUCCUCAGAUGAACACAGAGUCAACUCCACCAGACAAGCAGCCAAGGACGUGCAUCGGUUUCUAAACAAGUUCUUUGAAGUUUACCCCGAAUACGCCGAGCUGGAUUUCCACGUGGCUGGAGAGUCGUAUGCUGGCCAUUACAUUCCUGCUAUCGCUACCGAGAUCCAAAGUCACAAGGAGAAGAACUACGAGUUGGCCUCGGUGCUGAUUGGAAACGGAGUCACAGACACAAAGACCCAGGUGCCCUACUUCCAGGCCAUGGCUUGUGGAGAGGGAGGAUACCCUUCUGUUCUGUCCGAAGACACCUGCCAGCAGAUGAAGGAUGCCGUUGGAGACUGCCAGAAGCUCAUUGAACACUGCUGGGAAAACCCCAAGAACAAGCUGCAGUGCUACGCCACAAUGAACUACUGUCUCUCUGUUUCUGUCGAGCCCUACAUGCGUGAAGGAGGACGAAAUGCUUACGAUAUCCGAGACGUGUGCUCCAAGACUGGCUGUUACGAGGACGAGAACAUUGCCAUUGAGUCUUACCUCAACGAUGAACAUGUCCAGACUGUUCUUGGUGUCAAGGAUAUCGAGCAUGUUGGAUGUAGAGGCUCUGUUGGCAACGAGUUCGGCCUCAACGGCGACUACGAGCUGCCCUUUCAGUACGAUGUGGCUGAUCUUCUCGACAGUGGUCUUCCAGUUCUGCUCUACUCCGGUGACAAGGAUUUCCGAUGCAACUGGCUAGGAAACAAGGCAUGGUCUGACAAACUGGAGUGGAAGGGAGCCAAGGAGUAUUCCGAAGCUCCUAUCAAGAGAUGGCAUGCCAACGUUGACGGUAAGGACAUUGCUGCUGGCGAGGUGAAGCAGUCCGGCGAGCUGACCUUCCUACGAGUGUUUGAUGCUGGCCAUAUGGUUCCUCACGAUCAGCCUGAGACAUCUCUCGAUAUGCUCAACAGGUGGAUUUCUGGGGGCUCUUUUGAGUAG